CAGAAUUAUGAAUCAUUUUUUGGGGUUAGGAAAAUGGCGAUUAUAUAUAGUUUCCGACGUAAUCGACGUAUUCUACACGUUUUCAGUGUUUCGACGUAUUUUACAAGUUUUCUACAGUCUACGGUAAAUAACUGACGACACCCGUCGAAAACCCAUCACUGGUCAGGUCACAGGUCACACAAAGAUAACGCACGAACAUCUAAUAAGAAAAACCGAUCAACCGUACUGCAGCCACUGCCCCACUGAAACCCACACAGUAGACCACAUCCUAUACCAGUGCAGGAGAACCGAACCCCAAAGACAGAAAUAUGGGAUAAAACCGGACACAGCCCUUACAGCUCAGGCCCACAUAGAGACGCGACGCUGCCACCAUGGUGACUCAUUCCAAUAGAGAUGCCACCCUAACGUCCUGACCACGUCAACAUUCCAGAGGGCGAUCCACGACGACAGCGUUACGUGGAAAUCCACCGCCAGAUCGCGACACCGCCCCCGGAGGAAAAUCUAACCAAGUUGAAACAUCUUGUUGCAUGUUAAAUUGUAUAUAAAUACAAUUUCAAUGUGAUCAUCAUUAAAGAUUUUUUAAAAAUGAUACGAACAUUUAUAUUUUUUGAUCUGGAAACAACUGGACUCAUUACAAGAAAUUGUAUGCCAAAAAUCACUGAACUGUCAUUAAUCGCAGUAUCGAGAAAUGCUAUAUGCGAUACUACAGAUCCUUUACCAAGAGUGUUGCAUAAAUUAGUUUUACCAAUACAUCCAAAUAAACAAAUAUCUAAAGAAAUUCAAACAUUAACAGAUUUAUCUAAUGAAAAUUUGGAAGAAGUUAGAUCUUUUAACUGUGAGACGUACGACACAGUGAUAAAUUUUAUACACCGACUUACAGCGCCAACUUGCUUUGUAGCUUACAAUGGAAAUAAUUUUGAUUACCCAAUAUUUUUAUCGGAGCUUAAAAAUAUUAACAAGGUUCUCAGCGAAGAAAUUUUUAGCAUCGACAUGAUCAAUUUAACUAAAGAUUUCUUUGCGAUUAAAAAGGAUCCAAUAAAACGAGUAAGCAAUGCAGAAACUAUUACUCCUAACUCUUCUACUACCGAUGACACCAGUACUCUGCUAAAUGACGGUUACGACCAAAUGCUAUCCGAUGCGUUAGAUUCUAUUAUGAGUCGAGAUCUUAAUAACACUAAUAAAAAUAAAUUUAAUAAUGUGCUUAACACACCAAAAAGCAGUUGUUACAAAAAGAUAAAAGAAAUCAAUGAAAAAACACCUGAGAGUCAGAUUGUGAAGAUAAAACAUUCUAAUAAAAUCUCUCAGAAUAGAAAAGAAAAUAUCACGCGAAGAAGAUUAGAUUUUACGAACAGUCGACCAUCUAAUUUUAAGUUAUCUACUGUUUGUAAACACAUUGUCGGAUCUGCUCCUGAAAAUGCACAUAGCGCAGAAGGAGAUUGUCUCACUAUGAUACGCUGUGCAAUUCAGUUAGGAAACUUUUUUGUCGAAUGGGCUGAUUGCAAUGCAGUACCUAUGAUUAAUUACAACAAACAAUAACAACUUUAAUAUAUAUUUUACAUAUAACUUUUACUAAAAACGGUAUAUGAAAAAAUAUAUUAAAACUAUAUAUUUGAAAAAUGUCGAAUACGUGUGAUAAAAAUAAAAGUUUCUCACAAUGUUACAUAUAUAUACAUAUACAUAUAUACAAUCUACAUAUAUUUUGAAGUCAAAUGAACAGUGACAUUUAAAGAAAAAUAAUUGUUAAGUAGAUAUAUAAAUCAAAAAUAUGAGUGAAGAAUAAGAGCGCAAAAAACAAGGAUACUGAAACGAGAGCUCAUCGUGAAUAGAUAUGACCGAUCUAAUUGUAUUGACUAAUAAAUCAUUGUUCUCUUUUGUUUUUACAUAUAUAUACAUCGAAAGAUAGCAAAUAAAAAUAGAUUUUUAUAUACAGUUGUCUACAAAAGUGUUCGUAUACGAAACUGAAAUGGGUUCGAUUCAAUUUUACUGCUGUUUACAUAACGUUUGUUAGUAAUGUGGUUAUAUAUAAUUAAAGUACAUUUUUUAAUCUUCAUAACUGCGUAGGAGUAAUUAAAAAUAAAUGUUUUUUUUUAAGUAAAUAAAAUAUAUUUAUUGAAAGGUGAAACAGUGCAAAGUGCAAGUGAAAAGUGCAAAUAGUUCAGUUAUAAAAUUAGCCUAAAAAUAUGAGUCGCAAUUAGAAACGAAGGAAAGCAACCGUCGAAAAACGAGAAACUAUCAUUAAUACAUUUAAAAAAGAAAAAUCAUUAAAGACAUUACAUGUGAUGGAGUUGCAUGAGUGUAAAGGGGAUGGACAAUUUGUACAUAAUCGAUGAAAUUAUGGAUAAAUAUUUGUUUAUCUAAAUAUACAGAAUUCUUUGCGGCACAGGAUUUCAGAUAAUGAAAUAGACCUAUGUUGCAUAGAAAUUUUAUUGCGUUUUAAAUUAAACAAAAUUGGUAUAUUUUUAUUAAGAAAGGUGUCACGUAAUGUAAAAACAUAAAAAAAAAUAGUAAUAGUUGUUGCAAUAAACCUUCCGCUUGCAACAAUUGAUGAACCUGUAUUGGCAUGUUGAAUGUUGCCAACACGAGUGAAUACAUUUGCAACAUUUGUUGAAGAUAUUACCAACUGCUUUAUGUAAAUAAGACGAAAUAUAAACCUAUGCGCGCGCAUGCAGCUAUUGCAAUAUUUCGAGGUGGGACUAAAAAUGUCCCACCAUCCAUUACGGUGUAUCAAAAAGGUGGGACACUUUUAAUCCCAAUGUGCCCCAAAGAGUUAAAUACCUCUCUAGUCCCCACGUCUCAAUUCAAUUGAGCGUCUGUGGGAAGAAUUGAACUAAAAACUUAGAAAUAAAUCGAUUUCGAACCAAGAAGAGUUAGAAAACAUUUUUAAAUCCGAAUGGGAGGACAUAAAUGAUGAAAUUACUUCAAACUUGGUACAAUCAAUGUAGCAAUGAUUACAAAUUAUAAUUCUAGCGAAGGUUAAUACUACAAAAUAUCAGUAACCUUUAAACUGAUAUUAUUAUUAAGCGAACGAAAAUUUUUGUGGCCUGAAACUUGUACCAUAUAAUAAAUAUGAUUUAUUUAUUUAAAGAAAAAAAGAUCCAUUUUUAUUUUCUAUCAAUUUUAAAGAUUAUGAAAUGUACUAGAAUUAUAUUGUAAAUACAUUCCGAACAAAUGUUAUGUAAAUACUGAUAAAACCGAAUUGAAUUUCAUUCUCGUGUACGAACACAUGGGUAACUGUAUUUACAGGGUGUUUACCAUCCCUGGGAGAAAUUUUAAUGGGAGAUUCUAGAGGCCAAAAUAAGACGAAAAUCAAGAAUACCAAUUUGUUGAUUGAGGCUUCGUUAAGAAGUUAUUAAUGUUUAAAGUCCCGCCUGUAAAACGGUAAUCUGCGAACAGCUGCGUGCAAGCGAUAGUAUUUACAGUUACUCACAAAAUUGAGCGUACACCUAUGUAGUUAAUAAAAACUUGUGGGAAAAUGAACAUAAAAAGAAAUAUUUAAAAGUAAAAACGCAUUAUACAUUUUACUUGUACAUUUCAGCAGAUAAUGCGUGAAGAAAUUUUUAAACAAUAUUGAUAGUUCAUUUAUGUUUAACAAAAACUUCAAAAGUAUGCUUAUUUUAUCGUCACAAAAUUGAGCGUACAGUUUAUUAGUAACUAGAAAACUAACUUUUGUAAAACUUCUCAUGGUUUACAAUUCAUUCCAUUGUAUCUAGUGACAUAGUUCCGUUGCUAUGAUACGUUUGAUUUUCAUUUGUCAUUGUUUAUUAGCGAAAAUUUGCACUAUGGCUUCACGAAGAUCAGAAAUUGAUAUUUCUGUGCGAAAAUUAGUUGUUAAAUUGUAUUGCCAAGG